AUGGAUGACCUUGAUGAGUCAAUCCAGAGCCGUCGCCAGGCAGUCCAGCUCACGCCUGAAGACCACCUUGAAUUUGCAGGGCGGCUCCACGAACUAGCGGAGGGGCUUCGAAUGCAGUAUCAACGCACAAGGGAGAUAAAGGAUCUUGAAGAAUCAAUCCAGAUUCAACGCCGGGCAGUCCAGCUCACACCCAAAGACCACCCCGAUUUUAUAGCGAGGCUCAACGACCUAGGAGGUAUGCUUUUAGCGAGUAGUGAACGCACAAGGAAGACGGAGGACCUCGAAGAGGGGAUCCAAAUUUGUCGCCAGGCGGUCCGGCUUACACCUAAAGAUCACCCUGAUCAUCAACUGAGGCUCAACAAUCUAGGGGUCGCAUACCACGUGCUGUAUGAACGAACGAAGAAGAUAGUCGAACUCAAAGAAGCCAUCCGGAUCUUUCGUGAAUCCGUCCAACUCACGCCUAGAGACCAUCCUAAUUUGGAGGGGAGGCUUAACAACGUGGCAAACCUCUUUGGUCUGUUGUGUAGACGCACACACAAGAUAGACGACAUCGAUGAGGCGAUCGAGGACUCUCGCCAGUCACUCAAAGCCAUAUCAGAAAACCAUCCGGAAUAUCCAAGGUGGCUCGACGGCCUACAGCAACUGCUUCAACUACGGCACAAACAGACAGGGGAUACAGAUAGCCUCGAAGAAGCGAUCCGCCUCGCUCGCCAGGCAGUCCAGUUAACACCUAAAGAUCAUCCUGAUCUUGAUAUUUUGCAGAGUAACCUGGGCGACGCGCUGCAACUGGAGUAUAAACGAACGGCUGGGAGUAGGCCGUUUCACUCGUCUGAGACGCGCAUUGACAUAUUCGUCAUCACGGAACGCCGAGAUUAUCUGGAGAUGUGGGCCAUGGUGGAGAAGCUGUAG